AUGUCUAACUACAGCAAAGAAUUAGAGGUGGCUCAAUUGGCCGUUCAAAGAGCAGCUAUCUUGACCAAGCAGGUCUUUCAUGAAAAAUCCAAAGGAACAUUAUCCAAGGACGACAAAUCACCUGUGACAAUUGGAGAUUUUGGAGCCCAAGCUUUAAUUAUCCAAGCUAUCAAGAAGAACUUCCCUGAUGACGAGGUCGUGGGAGAAGAGGAAGCCAGUGAUUUGAGAGAGAAUUCUAAUUUGAGAGAUCAAAUUUGGGAAUUGGUCGAAGCUUCGAAGCUUUCAGACUCUGAGGCUGAGAAGGUUUUAGGUGGUCCCGUGGAAAGUGUGGAUGCCAUGUUGGAUGCUAUCGAUGCUGGAAACAGUGCUGGUGGAGCGAAAGGAAGAAUCUGGGCGUUGGAUCCUAUUGAUGGAACAAAGGGAUUUUUGAGAGGUGGUCAAUAUGCCGUUUGCUUAGCAUUGAUGGUUGACGGAGAUGUCAAGGUCGGUGUUCUUGGAUGUCCUAACCUUCCAGUCGAUGACUCCGCUCCAUUAUCAGCUGAUGCUGGUAAGGAUGCAUCAGAUGACGAGGGGAAAGGUGUUUUAUUCUCAGCCGUAUUGGGCCAAGGUGCUACCAGUCGACCAUUGGGUACUGGAGCAUUAGCAAAAGGCCAAUCUAUUCAGAUGAAGCCAGUUACGGACUUAACUCAAGCUACUUUCUGUGAGAGUGUUGAAGCCGGUCACUCUUCUCACGGCGAUCAACAUGCUAUUGCUACUAAAUUGGGUGUCACCAAAGCCAGUGUUCGUAUGGAUUCUCAAGCUAAAUAUGGUUCAAUUGCUAGAGGUGCUGGAGAUAUCUACCUCAGACUUCCAGUUAGCGCAACUUACCAAGAAAAGAUCUGGGAUCAUGCUGCUGGAGACCUAAUCGUGAGAGAGGCAGGUGGACAAGUUACUGAUUCCGUUGGACGUAGAUUGGAUUUCAGUAGAGGAAGAACUUUGGCUGAAAACAAGGGUGUUGUUGCCGCUCCAGCGGCCAUCCACGACCAUGUUCUAGAAGUAGUUAAGGAAGUUUUGGGGGCCAAGAAAUAA